AUGGACAUUCUCUCAUCUUCGUUGCCAUCAUCGGACGAAUCUAACCCAUGGCGACCGGCGAUAGCAGUGGCGAUCGACAAAAGCAAGAACAGCCAGCAAACGUUCAAAUGGGCGGUCGACCACCUCCUCUUCGGCGACACCAAGUCCAUAGUCCCCAUUCAUGUUAGGAGCCCAAAAGCGGAUGGCCCUGUGAAAACCGGAAGAUCGAGCGGUUCAGAGUGGAAGAUUGUGCAAGAGGACGCCGAGGCCGCCGAGAUCUUUCUUCCUUACAGAGCUCUCUGUGCCCGUAAAGACUUGCAAAUGAAGAAGGUGGUGCUGGAAGGUUGGGACGUACCGAGAGCCAUAGUCGACUACGUCGUUGCCAACAGAAUCCAAAGCGUCGUUCUCGGAGCUAACAACAGGAACGCACUCAUGAGGUUUCUGAAUCCGGAUAUUCCGACGUGUUUGAUGAAAGGCCUGCCCGAUUGGUGUGGAGUGUACGUGAUAUACAAAGGGAAGCUCCUGACGAGCCGGACGGCCAAAGUGCGGCUGGCGGCGGCCAAAGUCGAUGAUGUUCCUCCCAGGCGUUCACUGCAACUCGAUCCCACGCCAUCUCAAUCAUUACCGCAGUUGGAUUGCUCCGUCGGGCAGUUUGAUACGAGGAGCAUGCAUUCGACGCCGCGUGAAUCCUCGAUCGCGCCGGUUAGGAUCGCGCCGGUUAGGAUCCGCCAUCUUCGCUCAAUAUCCGGCGAAGACGUUGACUUGGCAAGGAAAAUGGAUGAAUCGGAGUUGGGGAACGAGGAAAGCUGUCCGAGUCGGACGUCAUUUUCCUCUGCAGUUCCGGUACGUGAUCAGGGAGGACGACGGUCGGCGGGGGACGAACUGCGGAGGCUAAGGCUCGAGCUGAAGCAGACGACGGAAAUGUGCAACGCGGCUCUGAAAGAGGCGAUCAUGGCCCAAGACGAGGCGGAGGAGCUGCAGAGGAUGAAGAUAGAGGAAGUGCGGAAAGUCGAGAGCGUGAGGCAGUCGGAAGAGACCGCCCUUGCGCUUGCUGCGGUAGAGAAAUCCAAGUGCAAGGCGGCUCUGGAGGUCGCCGACGCAGCGCAGAGGAUCGCAGAGCUCGAAGUCAAGCGGCGACUCAACGCGGAGUCGAAAGCCAGAAGCCGGGCGGCGGCCAAGGAGCAGCACCAGUCCCUUCUUCGCUCCGACUUGAGGUGUCGGAGGUACAGCAUCGAUGAGAUCGAAGUGGCCACGAGCUUCUUCUCCCCGUCCCUGAAGAUCGGUGAGGGCGGAUACGGGCCUGUGUUCCGUGGCGUGCUCGAUCACACCCCCGUCGCCGUCAAGAUUCUGAGACCGGACGCGGCGCAGGGGAGGAGGCAGUUCCAGCAGGAGGUAGAGAUUCUGAGCAGCAUCCGGCACCCCAACAUGGUGCUGCUGCUCGGGGCGUGCCCGGAGUACGGAUGUUUGGUGUACGAGUACAUGGACUACGGGAGUCUAGAGGACAGGCUGUUCCGGCGAGGAAACACUCCGCCGAUUCCCUGGCCGGCCAGGUUCAAGAUCGCGGUGGAGAUAGCCACCGCCUUGCUCUUCCUUCACCAGGCGAAGCCGGAGCCGCUGGUUCACAGAGACCUCAAACCCGCCAACAUACUCCUCGACCGCAACUACGUGAGCAAGAUCGGCGACGUCGGCCUCGCGCGGCUGGUGCCGGCCGCGGUGGCGGACGACGUCACCCAGUGCAGGAUGACUUCGACCGCCGGGACGCUGUGCUACAUCGACCCGGAAUACCAGCAGUCCGGCAUGCUCUGCGUCCAGUCCGACGUGUACUCGCUCGGCGUGCUGCUGCUGCAGAUCAUCACGGCGAGAGGUCCGAUGGGGCUGACGCGCCAUGUGGAGCUGGCCAUCGAGAGGGGGGCAUUGGCGGAGAUGCUCGACGGCGCUAUCACGGAUUGGCCGGCGGAAGAGACCAUCUCAUUCGCUAAGCUGGCUCUGAAGUGCGCCGAGUUGAGGAGAAAGGACCGCCCUGAUCUGUCCAAGGCCAUUCUGCCGGAGCUCAGCCGACUGAGCCGCAUCGGUCAAGAAUUCGAAGCCAAGCGAUUCAAAUUGUUCGACGGCGAUGUCUGUGCUAUCCCAAACACAUUGCGAGGUGCAUCCAAUGCACCUCCACUCUGCAAAUGA